GAACCAUUUUCUCAGAUAGAGGUAACAUUUAUCGUUUCGCCAGUGCCUGCUGGAGGCUAAGAAUCUCAGCGCCACUAUCAACGAUGCGAAAAGCAUCCCAAUUGUUGCGAUUGUUUCUCCUUUUCCUGUCUCUGCGUUGUUCAAAUGGUGCUCCAGUAGAUGAAAAGGAGAAACAAUUUGCCCUGGUACGUACAGCUGAUUUGAAAUUACUUUAUAGCAAACAUCUGUUUUAGAGAAAUUCAUCCCUUUCUGACCAGAGCUAGUGCAACUGACGGGUAACCGUGUCACCAGAUAGAAACUGGGCUAAUUCAGGUUUUGCGGCUAAUCUCUUUGCAUUGAAUUAUCACUUAUUUUCAAUGGGCAAGAAAGAACAUUUAGCUCACCGUCUAGUAUAAAUUUCAUAGGGUUUAUCAGAUCUCUAUUUCUACUUUCAUUAUACAAAUAAACCGAUUUUCAUAAGAUUUCAGGUGUCUUAUAAUUUGUUUCGCCAGUUUUGAUAUGAUAUUUGCAAUCCUGUAGCUCACGCUGCAUCAAGUGUGUUUUGUUUUGUUUUGUUGUUGUUGUUGUUGUUGUUUUUCAAUUCGUGUCCACUACUUCGCCUUUGAUUACUGCUAUCUGCCAACGAAAAAACGAAUUUGCACACCAAGAACUUUAAAAUUUGGACAUGGAAAAUUAUCUGACUUUCAAAAUUAAAAGGGCUAGGUUUAUACCCUUAGGAGGAUUAAGUUGGUGAACAUUAACCUGCUUAGGGGUCGAACUUGUCUUGGAAACAAAAUCUCUCUAUCUACUUUACAGCUAAGGUUAGAAAUCUGCUUUAUCUCAUAGGAUUUUCUGAAGAAGUAUCAUUACCUGUCCCCCUUAAAAAAUGGAAACCAUAACUUCAAGGACGCCGUGAGAAUAUUCCAGGAAUUUGUGAAUAUUCCAAACACAGGUCAGCUGGAUAGAAAAACAAUAGCAGAGAUGCACAAGCCAAGAUGCGGUGUCCCGGAUUUUGACGACGAUGACAAACCCAGUCCGGGUAAAACAUACUGCAAUUUAAGGGACUAGUCAUUUUUUAUCCCCUGUGGAGGGAAGGUGGGGGGGGAGGCGCGAAGGAUAUUACGGGGAUCACAUGCUGUCAGUUUCAGUGGGAGAGCAGGGGUAUCAUUCGUGAUAAGAAUAUUACAGACCUUUCGGGGGAAUCAGGUAAAUUUUAUCGCUUCACAGAGGUGACCACUGAAUAGAGGCUAACAUUACUGUGAUUAGGGGAAGACAAACUUGGGACUUUGACAACCAGCUGCUUAAUACCGUGGUGACCGCUUUUAAAAUAUGGGGUAACCGGUGACAGGUUCGACUGUAAAAUCAAUUUCUCACAGGCGUGGGAUAAAGAAAAAAAGUGGUCUUUUACGAGGAUUCGAACCCUGAACCUAUGCUCUACUGAAUGAGCUAUAAAGAACUGGUUAUUGAGUCAGAUAAUAUAGUAGUUCUUUGGCGUGUAUUGUUCAUCUUUGAUCUGAUAGUUGCUAUCUUUUAGGGCGGGUUAAAAGGUUUUCUGUCUCCGGAUAUCGUUGGGAAACUAUGCAUCUCACUUACAGAAUCCAUAACUUCGCAUCAAAUGGUGGGUUGACUGUAAGUCAACAGCGAGGUAUCAUACGGAGAGCUUUUAAGGCAUGGGAAAAAAUUGGUCCAGUUUCAUUCAGUGAGGUCAAUAAUUCCAGCUCAAACGUUAACAUCAGCAUAUCGUAAGUAAACUGCUAUUUAUACAUGGUUUAUAUAGGUGGCGGCUUUUAAAUCGAGUCGAAAUAUUACAACUCUUUUCGAUAACAUAUCUUUUCUGCGCGCAGAUAACGCACCUUGUUUUCACAGGUGACUGAUAUUAAUAUCGUCUUGGUGACCGGAUUUAUAAACUUUUCACGAAGUGAUUUAUUACAUAACUGGACGUAACUAGGGUUGAAUUAUACUUUGUGUGAGAGGAAACAUAUCUAACAAUGAGAAAAUCGACGAAGGAUGACGCAGCUUAUAUGCGAGCUGAGUUUACGUGCUGAUGAUCGCUACAUUUGGUCUGCUUAAAAGGUGUAUCAAACUUGCUCCUUGAUUUAAACAUGCAUUCAAUAUCUAUGUAGUACACAGAACAUUACAUACCACCUGCGAAAACCAAUCUUUCUUCUCGUGAUGACAGCAUCUUUCAUUCGUUUGUUUUUCUAUCUCACGAGAGAUAUAUAGCUCACACCCGAAGAUAAAAUUCUUAUCAACGCGCGCUUAUGUAAGAUCCCCUGUAUCAGUAACCAUACAACGACCAGAGAAAGUGCAUGGAAUUACAUCGUAAAUAGUGUAAUCAAAAGCAUUGCGAGAGAAACAGUUUUUAUCUACGACAACUAAUUGAAAUUUAUGUAAAAAAAGAAAGGAAAGGAAAAAGAAACAACGAUUUACACAAGGAUAUUAUUUGGCCCUUGAUGUGGGUCGAAUACUUUUUCAUGUAUGUAAAAUACAUUAGUACUGAGAAUCAUGUAAGUAAUGCCAAUCAAAAUGCAGUUAACAUGGAUUGCCUUGCUUAAAUAUGUUGGCUCCUUUCUACUGCAGAUUUGUUGCAAGGGUUCACGCCAGCUGUUGCUGCAAAUUUGAUGGUACGGGUGGAAGCAUUGCUCAUGCAUUCUAUCCGAAAUCCGGCGCUCUUCACUUUGACGACGAUGAACAAUACACCAACAGUAACACAUCUGGAUACAAUCUGUUCUCAAUUGCUCUUCACGAGAUUGGACACCUCUUGGGGUUGAAGCACUCUAACGAUCCUAAAGCUGUUAUGUAUAUGGAGUAUAAAAACAACCAAAAUCUCACGGACGAGGAAAGACAUGGAAUUGAGUAUAUCUACAGUGAGUGGGAUAGUUUUAGGUCUGACAGGGGAGAGCAGGGAGUGACAAAAGCCUUAUCCGGUAUACACCUAAGAUUAGCGCUUCAGUGUUUCUUUGCCAGUGAGAAAGUAUGAGACCUCGGGCGAACCAGGCGAGUCGGCGAGAGGUACGCUAACUAGUAGUGCCAGACUUCCGGUGAAUCUCUCUGCUUCUCGCGGGCGCGAGGAAACGCGUGUCUCGCAGCGCUAAUAAUGAGGGCCUAGUCGCAAGCUAACCUUAAAUUAAUAUGCUGCAGUUACUGCUGUUAGAAACCUAGCAAUCACAGUGGAACAUCAUGGGUAACCAGGAUUAGUUAUUGCCUGCUAUGAAAACACAAGAUGAAAAAAAAAGACUUGUGCUAAUGACGACUUGAAUAUGUCGUCACAUGCAAGGACCAAUCAUAUAUGCUAAAACUUUAUCAUGAUGAGCGAAUGAAACGAACACUUUAAGGGAAGCAUCAAUUUCAAUAUUGUUCUUCAUUGGACACUUCCUAGAGUGUUACGCAGUCUGGUGAACCAUCUUUUCACAAAUUAGGUUUUUUUGGGGGUUGAUGUACUCUUAAUAAGUCUCUUUCGUUAAAAGUUGCAAAGCUAACGUUUCUAAUCAACUUUUGUCGCUUCAGUGCAGGGAACUGCUCAACCAGACUCCACUGAGCGUGAGUAUGUCAAUGUUAUUUGCAGUUACAAGAUUAUCUAAGCAGUCAUUACGGCAAAAAGAAAGAUUUGAAAACCACCAAACCGUCUUCUCGUACAAAGUAGUUGUUACUGUUUCACAACCGCUCACAUUGCACGGAUCCAAAUUACAUUACAAUAGCACUAAUGCAGGAGGAUUGAGCGACCUUAUCAUGGAUAAUUAACAUACUGGAUGAGUGUAACUAAUUCAUGGAUUUUCGUCCUGUUUGAGUUAGCUCCAGGGAACUGCGCUGAUGACGUGCCUUCAUGCCAGGAUUAUGUGGACGAAUGCACGGGUAACCAUUUUGUGAGGAAAAGUUGCCGUAAAUCAUGUGGAAUUUGCGGUAAGCUUUAUUGCGCCUAUAACUUUGGGUGUGUACUUUGGUUAUGGGAGAUAAUCAAGUGUUUGACUUUUUAAAACCAAUCUUUUACUUAAUUCAUUAUUUUCCCUUUUCUUCAUUUCCAGGUGGUCACAGCGUCGGUGAGUAACGUGUACUAUUUAACUAGUCAAUAUAUGUUGAUCCAAUCUUAUGGAAAAAUCGUGGUAGAAAUGCAGAAACUAGCAGAGCUAUUUGCACAUGUUAAAAAAGGUUGCAUUUAAUCGCUCUUUAAGGGCUAAUUCAAAACUAAGCAGUCGAAUGGAUUGAUAAGUAGCCAAAAAUUCAAAAUAUAAAAAUAAUAAACAAAUGGUUUCAAAUGAUCUCAACUGGCUGAGGUAUCAAAGAAUCCAUUUAAACAUACUUGACACAGCGAAAUAACAACUAUACAAUAACAAGACCUUUAACGAUUUUCGUUAAGAUAAUUUUUGAAAUAGGGGUCGAAAAUAAUCCAAGAGUAUAUUGCUUUUCCUUUUUUUUUUCCUCAGUCAUUUAGACACAAAACUAAAACUAAUCUUUCCUUAUUAAGUCGCAGUCAGUAAGUUUGCUCGUUUUUACUUCGAACUCACGUGGAUUUCUCGUAAUAUCUACUACUAUUCUUAUUAGCUUUGUGACUACUAAAAUCAAAACAACUUUGCGUCGAUCAAUUCAAAGCUUCAACAUCCCCUCCCUGGCAACGUAUUGGGCAUUUGAACUUUUGAAGACUGGUUUGUUCAAAUUCAAGAGGCCAAAAUUAUGUUCAAAUGCCCAACUCAAAUGCCGGAUUUCAUGGCCAAUUUUUUUUGUAAAGGCAAGAUUAGCGACCUAAAAGUAAAACACGUUUAUUCCGCCGGAAGGACUUGACAGUUCCGGUUCAAAUUCCCACCCUACCCAGGCAUGGUUCAAAUUCCCCAUCACCCGGGCACGGAAGACAGUCAAAUGUCCGUGGGUUUCACGUAGGAGGUUUUCUUUUUUUAAGCUUCGAAUUGACCGGCGCAUUACUCGUUUGAUUCUCAUUCUUUAGUUAAAUUACCCUGCGUUGAUAAGUAUACGUCGACUUCGUGCAAAAUGCUCAAAGGCUAUAACUACUGCAGCAAUUAUAAGGCCUUCAUGACCGAUAAAUGCAAAAAGACGUGUGGACUUUGUGCUGGUAAGUGUUUUACUAAUACCUGUUCACACCUUUUCUUAAUUAAUGAGACCUCGCUGUCACUUACGACUGUUCACACUACAUUGGUGAGAAAAUAUUCAUCCACUGUCCAGUGUAGACGGAAAAAAGUUUUAGCGUUUUCACAGAGAAUAUAACCGGUUUCAAAUCGAUCGCUAUUCCUUCUUCAGUGUGAAUUGAUCUGUUUAAUAGUGGGAAUGGGAAACUUAAGUUUCGUUUUCCCAAUGGCAACAAAGGAAAUAAAUUAACCGUUAGCCGUAAAAUGGCCAAAAAUUUUUACCCGCGUUAGCCGUAAAAGCCAUCACCCCAUUGAGACCCUCUAAAAGUACUUCUUUGGACCGUUAGCCUAUGAAUCCAUCCAAAACAGUCAUUCAUCUCAAUAGAGUCAUUAAAAUAUUGGAAAAUAUUUACCUUCAAUUCAAGGAAAAUUUUAUUUUUCUUAUUUGGUUGGUUUUUUUUCUGUUCUUAUUUUUCUCUAUUUGUUCUUAGCUGGAUAACUUAUCAUUGGCCCUGGACCGGACAUCGUUUUGACGAGAGGAGUAAAAACUGCUUUGUAGAAAAUCACAAA